AUGGAGCAGACUGAAGAGGCUAGUCUGGAGGAGCGCUUGAAAUCCGCGCUGUGGUUGUCCAUCGGCAAGAUCGUGGAUGAGGAGACUAUCAAGCUAGGCGUUAAUGCAACUCCGCAGUUCAUCGGUGCAUUGACAGAGAUGGUUUGGGCUCAGAUAGAGACGGUCAGCCAGGAUCUAGAAUCCUUUGCGAAACACGCGGGGAGAUCUACUGUCAAUGUAUCUGACGUGAUGCUACUUGCUCGCCGGAACGAAGGACUGGAUUCGAUUCUCCGUGCCUUCGUUGAACAAGAAAAGCAACGCCAGGAAGACUCCUGA